AUGUCCAUUGCCAAUUAAACCUGUACUAGAAGAGAUAAGGGCGAGCGGAGAGCGGGACUUGGGAGAAACUUUGGGAACCGGGGAGCGCUCGGUGUAGGCGCUCCCACCGCCACGAUGCUGCCGGCCCUGCUCCUCGCCUUGCUCUGUUUGGGCGACCAGCUGAGCCCCGGCCUGGGCUGCCAGUUGCCAUCGGACUGGAGACCCCUGAGCGAGAGCUGCCGGGCGGAGCUGGCCGAGAUCAUCGUGUACGCCAAAGUGCUAGCAUUGCACCAGGAGAUGUACAGCUUGUACAACUACCUGCCGUGGCAGUACGAAGCCGCCUCCGAGGGAGGGCUCUUCUAUUCUGCGGAGAUCGAGAUGCUGUGCGACCAGGCUUGGGGGAGCAUGCUGGAGGUGCCCGCAGGGUCUAGGCUCAACCUCACUGGCCUGGGCUAUUUCUCCUGCCACUCCCACACGGUGGUGCAAGAUUAUUCCUACUUCUUCUUCCUCAGGAUGGAUGAAAAUUAUAAUCUCUUGCCUCAUGGAGUCAAUUUCCAGGAUGCCAUCUUUCCAGACACUCAAGAGAACAGAAGAAUGUUUUCUAGUCUCUUCCAGUUUUCCAACUGCACUCAUGGACAACAGCCUGUGACUUUCUCCAGUGACUGGGAGAUCCAGGAGGACAACAGGCUCAUGUGCUCAUCAGUACAGAAGGCCCUCUUUGAGGAAGAAGACCAUGUGAAGAAACUGCAGCAGAAGGUGGCCACCCUGGAGAAACGCAACAAGCAGCUUCGAGACAGGGUGAAGAAAGUCAAGAGAUCCCUGCGCCAGGCAAAGAAGAAUAGCCGCCGCAUGGAGCUGAUGAACCGAAAACUUAGUGAGAAACUGUCCUCCCCAGGAGGUCAGAUUCCUCAUAUCAACUCUCUAAAACAAGAGCACCCCCAUGCCAGCUACCUUAAAGUGUAA